GUUUGCCGUAACUACAAGACAAUGCGGGUUUAGACGUCAUUUUAGAUACUCCACCCGCUCGGCCCACCGUGUGAAACAAAAGUAUACAACGAAGUAUUUCCCGCGCUAUUCAGCAUUGUGCCAGCUCAGUAAAGCAUUCGACUCCAACUCGUAAAAUGGCAGGAAUAAUGGACGUCCCAAGACCAAGAAUAAACUGCUCUAUGCUGUCGCAGCACAUUAACAGACCGGUUUGCUUCGUUGGGCGUGUGGAGAAGGUUCACCCAACAGGAAAAACGUUCACUGUGUCGGACGGAGAAGGAAAGAGUGCAACAGUUGAACUCAACGAACCCCUUGAAGAGGAGCUGAGCGGCGUGGUGGAGGUGAUUGGUAUGGUGUCCAACAAAGGAGGAAUAAUGGCCACAACAUACCACAUGCUGCGAGAGGACAAGGGCAUCCUUUUUGAUUUAGAGCUGUAUAAUGAAGCCCUGAAGGUCGUCCAUGACUUCCCCCAGCACUACCCUUUUGAAGUGGCUUCGAGUGGAUGAGCCCUCACGUCUGAAGACUGUUCGUUUUUGUGCUUGUUUCUGUUGUGAGAAUAGAUUUGCCCAGAUCUGUAUUAUCUAAUCAUUUUUUGCAAUAUAAUUUAGACCCUUAAAGAAUAAAGUUGGAAGUUUCUUUUCACAUGCAAUGUCCAACAAUUUUAAAAAUAAAAACAUCUUUUUGACUAAGA